AUGCACCACCUCCUGGAGCCGUCCGCGGACAUGGCGACGGCGCUGCUGGCCGGCGAGAAGCUGCGCGAGCUGAUCCUGCCCGGCGCGCAGGACGACAAGGCGGGCGCCCUGGCCGCGCUGCUGCUGCAGCUCAAGCUGGAGCUGCCGUUCGAUCGCGUGGUCACCAUCGGCACCGUGCUGGUCCCCAUCCUGCUGGUCACCCUAGUCUUCACCAAGAACUUCGCAGAGGAGCCCAUUUACUGCUAUACGCCGCACAACUUCACCCGCGACCAGGCGCUGUACGCCCGCGGCUACUGCUGGACGGAGCUGCGGGACGCGCUGCCCGGCGUGGACGCCAGCCUGUGGCCGUCGCUGUUUGAGCACAAGCUGCUGCCCUACUCGCUGCUGGCCUUCGCGGCCAUCAUGUACGUGCCCGCGCUGGGCUGGGAGUUCCUGGCGUCCACGCGCCUCACCUCCGAGCUCAACUUCCUGCUGCAGGAGAUCGACAACUGCUACCACCGGGCUGCCGAGGGCCGCGCGCCCAAGAUCGAGAAGCAGAUCCAAUCCAAGGGGCCCGGCAUCACGGAGCGCGAGCGGCGUGAGAUCAUCGAGAACGCGGAGAAGGAGAAGAGCCCCGAGCAGAACCUGUUCGAGAAGUACCUGGAGCGCCGCGGCCGCAGCAACUUCCUGGCCAAACUCUACCUGGCGCGGCACCUGCUCAUCCUGCUGCUCAGCGUGGCUCCUAUCUCCUACCUGUGCACCUACUACGCCAACCAGAGGCAGAACGAGUUCACCUGCGCGCUGGGCGCGGCCCCCGGGGGCGGCCCGGCCGUGCGUGUCACCUGCAAGCUGCCAUCGGUGCAGCUGCAGCGCAUCGUGGCGGGCGUGGACGUCGCGCUGCUCUGCUCCAUGAACCUCAUCAUCCUCGUCAACCUCGUCCACCUCUUCAUCUUCCGCAAAAGCAACUUCAUCUUCGACAAGCUGCACAAGGUGGGCAUCAAGACCCGCCGGCAGUGGCGCCGCUCGCAGUUCUGCGACAUCAACAUCCUGGCCAUGUUCUGCAACGAGAACCGCGACCACAUCAAGUCGCUCAACCGGCUGGACUUCAUCACCAACGAGAGCGACCUCAUGUACGACAACGUGGUGCGGCAGCUGCUGGCCGCGCUUGCGCAGUCCAACCACGACGCCACGCCCACCGUGCGCGACGAGGGCGUGCAGACCGUGGACCCCAGCGCUAACCCCGCCGAGCCCGAGGGCGCCGCUGAGCCGCCCGUGGUCAAGCGGCCCCGCAAGAAGAUGAAGUGGAUCCCCACCAGCAACCCGCUGCCCCAGCCCUUCAAGGAGCCUCUGGCCAUCAUGCGCGUGGAGAACAGCAAGGCCGAGAAGCCCAAGCCCGUGCGCCGCAAGACGGCCACCGACACGCUGAUCGCGCCGCUGCUGGACGCGGGCGCGCGCGCCGCGCACCAUUAUAAGGGUGGCGGGGGCGACACGGGCCAGCCCCCCGACAAGAAGCAUGCCCGCCACUUCUCCCUGGACGUGCAUCCCUACAUCCUGGGCACCAAGAAGGCCAAGGCCGAGGCCAUGCCUGCCGCCCUGCCAGCCUCCCGGAGCCAGGAAGGAGGCUUCCUGUCCCAGGCAGAGGAGUGUAAGCUGGGCCUGCCAGCGGCACCCACCACAGAUGCACCGCUCCCCGCAGAGCCAGCCCGGGCCGCGCUGCCCUCCGGGGGCCCGUUUCACAUCUGCUCGCCCUCCGCCGCCCCCGCCACGGCCCCUCUGUCGCCAGCCAGCCUGGGCAAGCCUGACCCCCUCGCCAUCCUGAGCCGCAACGCCACCCACCCGCUGCUGCACAUCAGCACCCUGUAUGAGGCACGGGAGGAGGAGGACGGGGCCCCCCGAGCCCCCCCUGAUGUGGGCAGCCUCAUCACCAUCCCUCCCCCCCAGCAGAUCCUCAUUGCCACUUUUGAGGAGACAAGGACAGCAGUGAGUGCUGUGGAGUUCUGA